AUGACUAACAUCACCGUUCCCAACAACUAUGGCUACGUCCUCGGCAUUUCCCUCAUCGCAACUCCUCUCCUCGCCUUUGCCCACGGCACGAUCACGGGCAGGAAGCGUAGAGCCGCCAAAAUUCCCUACCCAAAUGCCUACGCCACCGCCCAGGAAAUGAAAGCCAAUCCCGCCGCCUACACGUUCAACUGCGCCCAGAGAGCCCAUGCACAGUUUAUGGAAAACGCUCCUCAAACAAUGAUGCACAUGCUGGUUGCUGGGUUGCAGUAUCCAAAUGCGACAAUAGCUUUGGGCUUGGGAUGGUUAGUGGCGAGGAUGCUGUAUCUGUAUGGCUAUAUUUAUUCGGAUAAACCUCAGGGUGGUGGGAGGUACUUGGGGACGUGGUUCUACCUUGCGCAGGCUGGGCUAAUGGGAUUGGUUGGCAUGACAGCACUCGAAAUCAUCUCUUGA